AGCCCCAGUAAGGAGUCAGCCCGCGGCGGCCGCUGCAGCCGCUGCUCAAGGGUAGGAGCUCCGCCGCCGGGGCAGCUGUGGGGUACUGCCUGCUCAGCCUCGCCUUCCCUUCCUUUACCCCUCCUCCUCCUCCUCCUGCAUCUUCUGUCCCCGCCGCCUCCGCGCAGCUUGUGAGAAAAGAUUCCCACCUCCCAGGAAGCAGAUGUACAGGCCUUAGCAAGCCAAAGGAAUCACUAAUUGCUUCUAAGGGUGGAGGACACUGGAAUCUCUGAUCAAUUCCUGGCCUGGUUUUCCUGGAUGGAACAAGAGGAAGAACUGGGUGUGUCUGAACUCCAGGACUCAGGGGACAGGGGGAUGGGCUCAGAUAUCGAGGACUCGGAGGAGAGGGGGAUGGGUUCAGACCUGCAGUACAUGGAUGAGAGAGAGGACGACUCGGAGGAGAGGGAGGUGGGCUCGGACCUGCUGGACGAGAAAUACAGAGAGGAGAACUCAGAGGAGAGGGAGAUGGUGACAGACAUCUACACAGAUGACAGGCUGCUCAGUGAGGAAGAAGAAGUGGCAGCUGUCCAUGAGGAAAAUGAAGAUGAUGUAGAAGAUCCUGAGGUGGUUGAGAUGGGGAUGUUCUCAGGACUAUCUGAGUCAGAGAGCAUAACCCAGAGUCCCAGGGAGGAGGAGGAGAGUGCUGGAGAGAGCCGACUGGAGGAGGAGGAAGAGACCCCAACCCUGCCGUGGAGGAGACGCCUCUCCAUAGGGAAGUGCCAACGGGAGGGCAACUCUGGUCAGCGCCGUUUCCAUUCUCUCCAUCACUCGAUGGCUGUAGACUUUGGGGAGCUCAACAGCUUGAUGGCUAGCAUCAUGGAAGCCCCCACCAUCUGUUCAGAUUGUGGUGAAAGCUUUAGCCCAGGCACAGCCUUCAUUCAGCACCAGCGCAUGCAUCGCCUGGCCCAAGCAGCUGCGGUGGCUGGUGUCCAGCCUUAUGGCUUUGCAACAGAAUGUGGGGGAGUAGUGGGCAUGGUGGGUUUGGGAGGUACAGGAACCUUGGGUUCUGUAUUGCCCCGGACCCCAGGAGAGAAGCCAUACCGAUGUGGAGAAUGUGGUAAAGGAUUCAGCCGCAAUACUUAUCUAACAAACCACCUCCGCCUGCAUACAGGUGAACGCCCCAACCUUUGUUCUGACUGUGGCAAGAGCUUCAGCUGGCGUGCAGACCUGCUCAAACACCGACGUUUGCACACAGGGGAGAAACCUUACUCGUGCCCUGAGUGUGGGGAGGCCUUCAGUCUCAGUUCCCACCUUCUGAGCCAUCGGCGGGCCCACGCUGCAGCUAAUGGAGCCGGGCCAGCGGUGUUGCGACCCUUUGCUUGUGGGGAGUGUGGAAAGGGUUUCAUGCGGCGCUCUCAUCUGGCCAACCACCAGCGUAUCCACACUGGUGAGAAGCCACAUGGAUGCGGUGAGUGUGGCAAGCGCUUCAGCUGGCGUUCAGACCUGGUGAAGCACCAGCGAGUGCAUACAGGAGAGAAACCCUACAUGUGCUCUGAGUGUGGUGAGACGUUCAGCGUCAGUUCCCACCUCUUCACCCACAAGCGCACUCACUCAGGUGAGCGCCCCUAUGUAUGCAGUGAAUGUGGCAAGGGAUUUGGGAGGAACUCACACCUGGUGAACCACCUCCGGGUCCACACUGGGGAGAAGCCCUUUGGUUGUGCAGAAUGUGAGAAACGCUUCAGUGACUUCUCUACCCUCACCCAACAUCAGCGUACCCACACUGGGGAAAAGCCCUACGCUUGUGUUGAGUGUGGCAAAAGCUUCAUCCAAAGCUCCCACCUCAUCCGCCACCGCCGCAUCCACACUGGAGAUAAGCCGCACAAAUGUGCCAGCUGUGGGAAAGGCUUUCGCUACAAAACCCACCUGGCCCAGCACCAAAAGAUGCAUCUCUGCUAGGACCAGCAGGGAAGGGUAUGGGCAGGGGCGGGUGGGGGAUAGUUACCAGAUUGGGAGUAAAUGUGGGGAGGGCACAUAUUCUCCUCCAAAACGGGGAGUCCCUGAGAAUUGGAUAUCCUCUGGGUAGGGAAGGGUUGAGUAGGGUUUUUUUCCUAGUCUUAUAAAAAAUUUCAGGAGAUUUGUAAUUGCCUCUGCUCCAUCUCAUGAGAAAAGGUAGUUGGAGUGAGCCAGUCCUUUAUUGAAUCCAGCUUUUACAAGUGGUUGUUUUAGGCUCACCAAGAAAGCGGAUGGGGGUGAGGAGAAGCAAGAGAGAAGUAUAGUAUUGAGAGGGGAGGAGUGAAAAUAGGGUAACAGCAGAUAGGGUCUUAAAUCAGGGAAGUAUGUGGUUAGUACUGAGGUGAAGGGAGGGGGAGAUAAAAACUACAGGAAGAGAAAUAAAGGCCAGGACUUGUUCCUGGUUUAGGAUCCUCCUGUAAUAGGUGAUGUACCUAGUGGUCCAUCUCCAUCCCCUCACGACCACCUACAAAUCCUUCCCCUUCAACUUUGUCUCUUGAGCCAAGGAAAGGAAAGUGUUCCAUCGGGACUGUGGAAGGGAAAAUUUUAUUUUCUCCGCCCAUCCCUUUUUUCUCUGGGCCAUAUUUAGCUGCUAUUUUGAGGCUUCCAGGGAAACUGGGGUGGAAAGUAGCACAUUUUAAGGGAGAAGUGUCUGUGGAGAGGAAGCCACUCCAUUACUUGCCUUCUGCUUUGCUUCCAGUUUUCUGGUAUCCUCACCCAGUCCUCAUGGAAGCCCUCUCCUCUACCCUGUGUACCAAAUAUUCCCAUCCUCUGUCCUGGAGUUUGAGUGCUAGGUCCAUGAUUUAUGUUAUAUUAGAUACACGUAUGUGACUUUAAAAGGAAGGGAAAACAGCGUUAGUCUAGAUUUGUGGGGUGGUUCUCCUCAGUACAGUGUAAUGCUUGCUUCCUCAUGUAAACAUCAGAUAAUCUUUGCAGUGGAAAACCAAAUGGCUUUUUCUACUAAUUUUGCUGACCCCUCUGAGAAUCCCAGGAAAGUAAAUGUACCGAGUCCAUUGUCCUUUGGUUCCUGUCCCAUUUUGCUUCUCAUUUCCUGCCUUCUUCAUUGAAAGUGAAGGAGAAACACUGGGCUUCAACCUCACCCCAGUCCAGCUUUCCUCCACUGUUAAUUCACAGAAGAAAUUAGAGGCUGUUCUCUAAAAGAAAAUCUGGUUUAUGGUACCCACAGUGGGCAGAGGUUGGGGAAAGUAUAAAUGCAAACACUUACCUAGCACCAGCAAAGACUGAAUCCUGUAGGUGCUGAUAAGAAUGCCAAAUAGCACUUUUGUACUUAGAAAGGUGCGUCAUCAUUUUUAUCAUAGCCACUCAUCACAUUGCUUGUGAGAUCCAUCAGUAUUAUGGCCGCUGUCUUAAAGAAGACUAAGGCAUUGAAAACUGGUCUUAAGAGAGGCUUGAGAGUAUAAAAUAGUCUAGUCUGGCCUCUUUGUUUUGUGUUUUGACUAGUGAGACAAUUGUUGCCUAUUUUAAGGGCUGUUUCUAAAUUCCUAUUUGGGAAAAUUAGGGCUACUCUAGAAAGGAGCAGGGAAGGUAUUCCCUCAUUUGUAAGACUGGCCUUUGGUAGCCAUGUGUUAACACUAAAGGAUUGUGGAUCAAGGGUGCUGUGCUAGAGUCUACCAUUCUCCCUUCCCUUCCCCAGAAAAGCCUUUAGAAUGGGAACAAGUAAGAAAUAAAAUGUGGCUUCUGAGCCAGUACCUUGUGUCUCCCAUAGAUCUACUUCACAGACAGACUCUGAUUUUUGGAAAUUCCAGCCUGGAGGAAGGAAGCUCCAAAAUUGUCAUUUUGGCCCUUUACAUUCUUGGCCAAAGGUUGUCUGUGGAUUUCCUUAGAAUUAAUAUACUCAAGGGCAGCUAGGUGGCGCAGUGGAUAGAGCACUGGCCCUGGAGUCAGGAGAACCCGAGUUCACAUGUGACC